AUGAAGUUCCAACUACUUCUUGCUCUUGCUCUUUUCCUGAUUGUAGCGGUUGACGCACAGCCUGUCUUCUUCUUAUCAACCAAUGUUGGCAGCACCGAAACUAAACCCAAAGGAGCACAGAAGGUCGAGUUUUUUGGACGGGUUACUUGCCCACUGGAUAUCGUUUGGUGUGUUGACGUCUAUUACAAGGAAGAAGAUACUUAUUUUCACGACACAGUCAAAUCUCUUGGAUUCAUUUGCUCGAAUGGAUCCCGAUCGCUAGAAAAUUACGUGUUUCUGAACUACUUCAAGACGGAUACAUGGAGUAAUGAGUUUGAACCCUAUGUUCUGAUCCAACACGACUGUUCACCAAACAACGUCAAAUAUCGCUACGAACACAAGUACCCGCCACAAAGUCACUAUUCCAAUUGCACUUCCUUCGAAUACGAUCUCAAUUUAUUUGAGUUGGGAAGAGGCAAUCUCACCACUCUAGUCGACAGUGUCAAUGGGUUCGAUUUGUGGCAUCGAAGAGAUCAAAAAAAGAAAAUCAACGGAACAUGGAUUUGGUCUCCACCAGGAUUUGAAGACAUGCCAGCGCCUUGGGGAGUCUUGCCGCCAAACGGAGAGUUUCCAACUGAGAGAUGCAUGAACAUGACCAUCAUUGAAGCAAGCGUCCCCCUCAAUGUUUCCACCCACGAAGUCCAACUCAAGAAUGACUCUGAGUAUGAUGAGAUAACACCCUUUCUUGCUGAUGGUUCCGCUUCUUCUGAUGCUUCUGAAAUUGAUUCUUCUCCUGGUAACGUUUCCACCCCAACCAACUCCACAAACCCUGUCUGA